AUGGGUCACGAGGCACCAUCAUCCGACUCGGACAUGGCCGUUAAUAGGGUCUGCGGCAUUUCCGAACAUGAGAGUGGGCUAAAGAAUGCGCCCUUGGAUGGUGGGAUGAGUCGGCGGCCUCCAGGGCAGCAGGAGCGACAACCUGGUGAGAGUGCUCUGCCAGGUCAGUCCCCGAGGCGCUUUCGGUGUGGCAUGAGAAAGACGUACUGCAGGGCAGAGGCCCAAACGGAGGUGAAGGCGAAGCACCUUGGUUCACGGAGGAUGCACGACAAAGCGGCAAGGUGCAGGAAGCGGCCGCGUCAUAUAGGACAACAAGGGCGCAGGUUACAGCUCGGGCGCAGGAAGCAUAAGAUCAUCUCUUGGCAGCGACACGGCGGCGAGAGCACGUUGCCCGAACGGGAGAGGGCCGCUAAACUGGAGGCGGCAGCAGCGCAGAGCUUUGAGCUACGAGGGGCGGUCAAGGCGGAUCUGGACAAAGCCAGCGGUAACGGUCUGCGCAUACGAAUUAGGCGGAAUACGCCUCAGGUAAUCUCCAUCUCCACGUAUGUGGGGCAGGUCAUCCAGGCCCGUGCCAUCGAUUCUCGCGAUGGAAAUGGUCUGCUUCUCCCUGGCUAA